CCUCAGUUUUAUCAUUAGCGAAGUUCAUGCUAUUUUCUGACAAUAAAACACAAUGUAAACCAUAUUUUGGGACAUUCUAGGAAUUGCAGUUGCCAGUGUAAAAAUACGAAGGUAAUGUAAGUAAUGGUGCUUUUGAAUGUUUUCUAUAUGUUUUAUAGUCUAUUCUUUUUAUAAUGCUAUGUGUUAAUCCAGGUAUGUUAUUGUAACAAACUUGGUUACAGCAAGAUACCUCUAAAGUAAAUGUAUAUGAACUAUAUAUUUCAUAUCUUUCACUGCAACUUCUUAUUCCUGACUGAAACACAUGCCACCACAUUCUGAUCUAAAAUUUGUAGUUAGCUUAGGAAUUCCCAACAAGUCAAGCUUUAGUGAUUAACCCUUCAUAUGUACCUGAAUAUGUUUGCUUAAUCCACAGUAUGAAACAAUGCUUUAGUUAAAUCUAGGGUCUUCUAAGACAGACAGAAGUUCUCACCAUCCAUACUAUAGACUAGAUUUUAUUAGAUAAAAUAAGCUUAGCUCUAUUAAUUGAAUAGUAUAUAUUCUGAUAUAAGUCAAUGUCAUCUAACAACAUUAUUUUUCACAUAUCAUGUUUUAUGUAUUGUCACGACACUUAAUACUUGCACUAAAGUAAGAAUUCAAUGUGAAUUCAAAGUGAAUUCAAAAUUAAUGCGAUUAGCCAGCAAACUGGUGGGCUACAGCAGUGUUAGCAUAGUUAGUUAGUUAGUUACAGUGAGUGGGUCAUUGGGCCCACGGAAAGGCUCAGGACCCCACAAACAUCCUGACGCAAAAACCCUAACGCCACCUAGGCGGCGGACACCUCAAUUAUCCCCCUCUCCUUACCCCUGACUCAUCCCUUACCCAUCCCCCCCUCCCUGACACCCGACGACAGAAGACUACGACACACAGCCAGUCACUGAACAUGACACUCACACCAGCCAACCUCACAAUAGUAUCCAUCAACGCGAAGGGGCUCAACAAACCUGAAAAGAGGUCGACAGCCCUACGCGAGUUCCAUGCUCUCAAGGCAUCCAUAGUCUACAUACAAGAGACCCACUUCAAAGAUGGGGCUCGACCCAGAAUGCAUGAUCACAGAUUCCCCAAGGGGUUCUUCAGCGACUACCACGAGGGCAAAACUCGAAGGGUUGCAAUCCUUAUGCAUAGGAGGGUACCCUUCGUAGAGAAGGAGACACAAACGGACCGGGAGGGAAGAUACCUAGAAAGGUGAAAGGGACAAUUGCAGGUCAAACAUACACAUUUGCCAACAUAUAUGCCCCUAACCAGAGACACUACAGAUUUCUCUCACGAACACUACGCCUACUAGGGAAAUUCAUGGAGGGUAUCCUAGUACUGGGGGGAGAUUUCAACCUGGCUUUGGACCCGAGAUGGGACACAUUCACAGGCGUCAUGCACAUCCCAGCCCAACACCUAGCCACUCUCAAAUCACUGCUGUCUAAACAAAAACUAGUGAAUUGCUGGAGGGCCCAUCACCCGAUGAAAGAGAUUACACGUUCUUCUCCCACCCUCACAACACAUACACCAGAAUUGACUAUUUCUUCAUGUCACACUUCCACCUCCCAUUAGUCCUACACGCAGAACACAGCACGGCGACAUGGUCUGACCACGCUCCAAUGUCGGUCACAAUAACAUCCCCCUACACAGACCCACGAUGACCAAAUGGCGCCUAAACGAACACCUACUGAUGCUACCUGAUAUAAAAUCCGACAUCAGCACAGUCCUUAGAGAGUAUUUUACCAUCAACACACCCGAACACACGACACCAACAAUCCUAUGGGAGCGUGGUACAGGGUCACUUCCUGCAAAAAGGUGCCCUCCUGAAAAAACGAAGGGAGGCAGAGAUGACCGCGCUACUCACAGAAAUGCAGACGAUAGAUAACCUGAAUAAGGGCAAACAGACACACACGCUACAGGACAAGCUCCUUACACUACGUAGGGGCCUGACUCAAAUACUCCAGAGGAGACACCACAGAGAUGCACUGAGACACAAAGCGUUUUUCGCCCUACACGGCAACAAAAGCGGCAAACUGCUUGCGCGGAUGUUAGCCAAACGUAGACAGCAGACAUACAUAGACCGCAUCAGAGAUGACAAAGACACGCUACACACACUACCCACGAAGAUCCAGGAAAUAAUCCGAACAUACUACGCGAACCUGUACACCUUACCCCGACCUCAGUCACAAGCCGUGGACAAACGCCUACUGGACUCCAUAAACAAUUACCUAGCCACACACACUCUACCCACUCUAGACGGAGACACAGUGAACCUCCUCGAUGAGGCGAUCACACCCGAAGAGCUGGCCUUGGCGAUUAAACAAAACCUUCGCGGACACACUCAAUGCCCCACUCAUGGCCACUUACAACGCCAUCAGGAAGGGCCACCACUUCCCCAAACAAUCCCUUGCAGCACACAUCACCAUCCUCCCCAAGGAGGGCAAGGACGGGGAGCACUGCGGGAGCUACCGACCCAUUUCUCUCAUAAACUGUGACCUCAAACUAUUGGCCAAAAUCUUGGCCACCAGACUACAGACCCACGUGCCCCGACUGGUACAGCCUGACCAGAUGGAGUUCGUGAUGGGAAGGGAGGCACGUGACAACACCAUGCGCACCCUCACACUGAUGCACGGCCGCAGGGGCGACCAUGGGGGCCUUCUUCUGCUGUCCACGUACGGAGAGAAGGCCUUCAACAGGGUCAGCUGGAACUAUAUGUUCAGAACACUAGCACACACAGGCAUGGGCCCCAAUGUCCUAGGAUGGAUAGAGGCCCUAUACACACAGCCCUCCGUCCAGGUGGUGGUUAACGGAGCCUUGUUGGCGACAUUUGACAUACAGAACGGCACCCGUCAGGGCUGCCCCCUGUCCUUGUUGCUCUUCAUCCUUGCCCUGGAACCACUCUUGCUGGCCAUAAGAAAUAACCCGGACAUCAUGGGAGUGACGGUAGGGACGACCCAACACAAAAUUGCUGCGUACGCAGACGAUCUGCUCUUCUUCGUGACUAAGCCAGAAGUAUCCCUCCCCAACAUACUCAAAGCAUUUCACAACUUUGGUACCAUAUCUAACCUGAAAAUCAAUUUCUCAAAAUCAUACAUACUUAAUGUCAGCAUACCAGAAAACAGAGCAUCUCCCAUGCGUCAACACUACACCUUCCAAUGAGCAACUCACAAAAUUAGAUAUCUGGGUAUUUGGCUAACAAGGAAAGAGGGCAACCUAUUCAGGGAAAACUUCACUCCAAUACACACGCAAUUCCGCUCAGAGAUGCGAGAAUGGGCGUACCCACACAUCUCCUGGUUAGGCAGGAUACAGGUGGUCAAGAUGAAUUUCCUCCCAUGCCUUCUCUACCUCUUCCAGACUGUUCCCAUAAUGAUCCCCCGCACAUUUUUCACCAUGCUCCGCACAGCACUAGGCCGAUACGUAUUGAACAGGAAACAACCUAGGAUACGCCAUACCACAUUAACCCAACCAAAAGACAGGGGUGGCCUGGCACUACCAGAUUUCUCUUUGUACUACAGGGCCUGCCACCUCCUGAGGAUCAUGGAAUGGUCCAAGGAAGGGGUGCAUAAACUGUGGAAACAGGCCGAGGAGAGCGAGGUGGGAGUCUCUAUGGCGGUACUGCCAUGGUUGCCGCCAGAGACUUGGAGGGAGACACGGACACACUCCCCCUACACGAGGUCCACCCUACAGUAGUGGCACCGCAUGAAAGGGAGACACAGCCUCUCGUCAUACCCAUCGCCUCUGCUCCCACUGACACACAACCCGGAAUUCCCACCAGGACUAAACCCGAAAGCAUUCCAAGCCCUAAUACACGACCCGGUACCCAGACUCAGACACGUUUACAAGCCAGAGGGCAUCAAAACGCUAAGCGACCUCCGAGGAGACGCAGUCAGCACCUUCCUGACACAACUAAAAUACAGGCAGAUACGGCACUACAUAGCAACCCUCCCACAGGGCGCGACAUUUGCAUGCCUGGACCCACAACCAUUGGCCCACAGGGUAGCCUUCCUAUACACUUUGCUCCUGACACUUACGCCAACCACACAACCAAGCUUCAUGGGAAGGUGGGAGGGGGCCCUGGGACACACGCUUACCAGGGUAGACUGGGAGAAAAUCUGCUACCUUACACAUCACUGCUCAAGCUACAGCAAGACUCAGGAAACAGUGUACAAAAUAUUGACCUUCUGGUACCGCACACCCACGACACUACACGCGAUCACACCAGACAUUCACGCGAUCACACCAGACCAUUCUCCACUGUGCUGGAGAUGCGGAGUGGAGAAUGGCACACUCUUGCACAUAUGGUGGGGAUGCAGUAAGAUCCCCCCGUUCUGGAAGGAGAUUCACACAAUGCUACAACUCUUCUCAGAUGACCCACCCCCCUUUACACCUGCGGAAAUGUUGCUAGAUACCAAGAUACCCCAACCCCCUAUACCAACUGUGACAAACUUACUUUCCUGUGUGUGUUUGUCCGGGAUCUUUUGGCAACCGCACAGCCCUCUAGGGUAAGAAAACCAGGUCAAGACAAAGUCCAGUUUCAAAAAGGCCUCUGGCCUGUUUAUUUUCUGUUGUUGUGAAAUAACAGGAUACAAUGAACAGCAAAUCUUCUUUCUCCACAAAACACCUUCUUUCUCCUCCAAAACACUUCCCUCACUUCACCCUGCUUUAACUGUAGUUAUAUAGCUGCUCACAGCCCCUACAGGUGAGGCUAAUGACCUUGUUAGGCAGUGAGCCAGAACUCUAUGGAAAACCUGGGCUGGACUCAUGCACAACCACUCUGACAGUGGGUGGAGAAUCGGCCCACCCUGCUCUUCCGAAUACUCCACCCCAGGGACCCAAAUAACAACAGAGGAAAAAAACUCUGUUACACAACCCACCACCUUCCACACCCCAACCCACUAGCUACAACUCAAACGGGACAGCUGGAACCAUCCAGGAAAUCGUCCCAUAUGGGGAAACACGGGAGACCGCAACCACAGGAACCCCACAAGUGAUUAUGCUCCCAACACACAAGACAAAACACAGAGAGACAUGAGGGGAACACCACAGGUCCCUCCACUGACCAACUUGGGCGAACCUAUCAUAGCGCACGCCACACAGCAGGGACUGACCCGCACCAGGCCCUUAGGGCACUUACCGACACCACAUGGGAUCCACCCACUAGAAUACCUCCAGAACAUGACCAACCAAACAAGACAUAUUGAGCAACGGAUACAGAGUCCCUAAUAUAACCAUUACCAAAAGGUUCAUUCACCUCGGGACCUGCGUGUCCUUACACCACAGAGGGCCUGCGAGCCCACCUGGAAAUACACAUAUCAGAACUUGUUAAUCUCCUAUUGCCUUGAUAAGCGGUGGACCUGCGAGUCCAGAAACCACAUGUAUCUACCUUAUAUCUCUUGUCAAUUUAAAACCAUUAAAAAUUACAUGCACAAAAUAAGGGGUCUGAAUAUUUUCUGAAAGCACUGUAAAGUAAAUAAAUACAUGCUCUUUACAAGACUCCAAUAUUAUUAAUAAGAGCAUCACUAAUAAACAGCUAAUAAAAAAGAGGUUCUAUUUAGUACUCCAGUAAUUAUCAAACCAAGUUUUAAAAAAAGCCCAUGGUGUGUCAUACCAUGGUGUAUCAUAAUGAAAACAUGUCACGUGAAUAUUUAUUGCGAUCAUUUUAUUCUAGAUGAGCAGGAACAUUUUCCUUGUCUUCAUUCUCUUGAUAAGUGAGUGGCACUCUGGGGAAUGUGAGCCAUUAACCACAAGAAAUAACGAAUGUGUGGCUGGAGUACCUGGGAUCCCUGGAACUCCAGGAACAAACGGCUUGCAUGGACCUCCUGGAAAAGACGGGAAAGAUGGUCUACCAGGGGAGAGAGGAGAGAAAGGUAUGUGUAAGCUGGACAUGUUUUACUUGGUCACAAAGCAAGACUUCUUAUGUUCAGUACUGCAAGAUUACUGAUUCAUGCCUUUAUCUUUAAAAGACUUGACUGCAACUUCUCCUGCUUUGCCUCCUCAGCACCCCAUCCCCCUUAACGAGCUCUGUUUAUGCCAUACCCCUUCUGAUUAGAUAAUGCUCUAUUUUCAAAUGCCUCAUAAAUCACUGCACAAACCUGCUUUUCUCCAUCUCUCCUCUGGCAAAUCUUCUAUAUUCCUCCCCAUUCUCUUGUCUCUCCCUCUCUCACAUAUCUUAGCCCACUCCUAUACACAUGUUCUCUUUCGCCAAUUCUUUUUAUUUAGACUCAUAGCUCCCUACUACUGGAGAAAGCUUCCUCCUCACAUCUCAUAGGACACCUCUCUAUCAUCCAUUCAUAAACUCCUGAAGAUUCUCUUCCCACAAGCCUUCCCUAAUACUUCAUAACACACUGGCUCAUCUCUCCAUGGUUGAUCUGAUCCCUUACCAAUAUCCCCUGAGCCCCAUUUGUGUAACUUUCAUACACACACACCCCCUGUAUUUUUCUCAAUAGAGGACGCCAUUUCUAACCCCCAAAUUUGGGGUAAAAAUUGCCUAUAUUCUGAAACACCAACAUGGGGGCGUGGGACAAACAUUCUGCCUGGAGAAACAUGCACGUGGGACGUGCACAAAGAAUGCAAUUACCAGUAUACUUUAUUGUAUUAUGGCCGUAUGGGGCACACAUUACCUUGAAAAUGCUGCCACCCUGUUAUGAAACUUGGACAUUCCUUAUGCUAUGCAGAGAGCACCAACAGAGAGCCAUGCUGUCAUGUUUGUGGGGGCAGGGAUACGUGACCUCACAGGCAACCCACGGAGCAGCAGUUUAUGUCACAGGCUCCUUACUGACAGGACCAAAUAGGGAGCACCGCUUAAGCACUCUCUGCCUGGUCUUAUUGUCCGCUGCACAGCGUGAGCAUAUGCAGGACACCGGGGAACUAAAGCGGGGUUGAUAGAGCAUGGUCUUGAAAUUAGGUCUGGGUGGAAUGAUUAUCUGUACGACAAUGCUCUAUAAUCUACUGUAUCAAGCUUAUUGUUUGAUUGCCAUGCUAUGUAAAACUUUCUGGAUAAGGGCAAAUUGUAAGGAUUGCUAAAUAAGGGUCACGGUUUCCUACACUGACAGUCUACAAUACACAUUACACUUACAAAGCAAGCCUCUUUGCAAUGGGAGCAUACAAUAUGCACAUCUCUUGUAGAUAGUGUGUUCUGCUGUGGUGGGUUGCUCUGUGAACUACAGAGAGGAUCUCACAAGUCUUAAAUAAAGAAAAGCACAAGCAUUGUCAAGGAGUUACAUUUACUAGGUAUAAUUGUAAUUAUAAAGAUGUAUUAUUAUUUAUUUAUUAUUUAUAAAAUAUUUUACCAGGAAAGAUACAUUGAGAUUUCACUCGUUUUCAAGUAUGUCCUGGGUCCACAAAUCAUUGCAUUGUUACAUUAGGUACAACAAAAUACAAAAACAAUAUUAAUACACAAUAUAUACAAAAAUUUAACAUAGAACAGGCAGGAAAUAUAUAAUCAACCAUGACACGUGCAUUCUGUUUUGAGGUAUGUAGAGAGGGAUCUCUUAAAAGACUUUAGGCUUAGGGAAGAUUUUAAAUUGUGCGGGAGGUCGUUCCACAAUUGCGGUGCUCUGUAGGAGAAGGAGGAUCGGGCCGCUUUCUUUUUGUAUUGAGGUAGACUAAGUAAAGUGCUUGUACUGGAUCGGAGGUUAUAGAAAGUGGGAACAGCUGGGGAAAGCAUUUUGUUCAGGUAGGGUGUGAGUUUACCAGAAAAGCUCUUAAAAACAAGGCUGGAAAGAUGAAGGGUGCGUCUGGAUUCCAGCGACAGCCAGUUUAGUUCCUUUAGCAUGUCACAAUGAUGGGUCCUGUAAUUACAUUGUAGCACAAAUCUGCAGAACGAGUUAUACAAUGUGUUGAGUUUAUUAAUGUGGGAUUGCGAUGCAGAUGCAUAUACUACAUCCCCAUAAUCAAUGAUUGGCAUCAGCAUUUGCUGUACAAUCUUUUCCUUUACUGUAGGGCUUAGGCAGGCUUUGUUUCUGUACAGGGCACCUAAUUUUGGAUAAAGUUUAGAUGCAAGCUUUUCUAUGUGCAGGCCAAAAGAUAGAUUGGGGUCUAAUAUCAUACCCAAGUAUUUGAAAGAGUGGACCGCGGUCAGUGUGCCAUUUGAAUUUGUUUUGAUGGAUAGGUGGGGAUUGUGUAAUUUGUGUAAUUUAGGUACCGUUCCAAAGAUCAUUGUGACAGUUUUGUCAGUGUUCAGGAAGAGUUUGUUUUUUGCGAUCCACUUUUCUACCUCUGUAAACUGGUCUUGGAGCAAAACCUCAAGUUGAGGUAGAUUGGAUUUGCUCGCAUAGAUUACCGUGUCAUCUGCGUACAUGUGUACAUUUGAGGAUUGGCAGACAUUAGGCAGAUCAUUUAUAAAUAAUGUAAAUAGUAGGGGGCCGAGAAUGGAACCCUGGGGAACACCACACGUGACUGGGAGAGGGAGGGAGUCACUGUCAGAAAUGGACACAUAUUGCGAGCGAUCCGAUACAUACGAUCGAAACCAGUUUAAAGAAUGAUCACCAAUACCUGAGUUUUCGAGUUUGUGCAGUAGAAUGUCGUGGUCUACUGUGUCAAAGGCCUUAGCAAAAUCAAGGAAAAUAGCUCCAGUUAGGGCUCCUUGUUCCAUGCCAGUUUGGAUGUCAUUGCAAACUUUUAGGAGGGCAGUUGUAGUGGAGUGAUUCUGGCGAAAGCCCGAUUGAUCAGGGGUCAGAUAGGGAUAGAUGUAUUUAAGCUGACAUAUACAUUUCAUACCUUAAUUUUGUUUUUACUCUUUUUCUAAAAUAUAUUUAAGGAGAAAUUGGCCGACCAGGUGCAACUGGACCUCCGGGUAAAGUAGGUCCACCAGGCAUUCCUGGUUUUCCAGCUAAACAAGAAACUGGGGAACUUGUGAAGAAGAAUGUAUAUGCCUUUCAUGUUGGACUUACAACUUCUGCACCACCAAGUGGUACUCCCAUUAAAUUUACAAAAGUCUUUUACAAUGACGAAAAAUUAUACAAAGUAGAAACUGGUAAAUUCAUUGCUCCUGUAGAUGGUCUUUAUUUUUUUACCUACCAAAUCACGGUUUAUUCUAAAAAUGUUCACAUUACACUGAGACGCAAUGGUAACAUAGUACAGUACAUGUAUCACGUAUAUAGUACUUCUACUCACCAAGCAUCUGGAUCUUCCAUCUUGAACCUUAAAAAGCAGGAUGAAGUUUGGCUCCAGGAUGUUGAUGGUAAUAAUGGUCUUUAUGCAGAUUCUAAUGAUGACUCAACAUUUUCUGGAUUUCUGAUUCAGUGAUCUGAUUCACAAAUGUUUAUAGCACAAUUUGUCUUUAAAUUAAAAUACAUUAUGAAAAACUAGGAAAUAAAGAGUACAUAGUGUUAGAGAUAGAAAGAUGGCAUACAUAAGUAUCUGAGAACACUAGCUAUUCACAACAUCAGAAUAAUUUAGAAGAGGUAACACACAGAUCUCAUCACCUCCCUAUCAAUAUCUCCCUAGCCUCACCAAUAUUUAUGUUUAAAGGAACACUCCUACGUAACCAGCAUGUUGUAGUGGUUAUGGUGCCAGGAGACCCUGCCCCAGCAACAGUUUGACUUCUUCCCACGGGUCCACUAGGCACUGCUCCUUGCCUCCUCUCAGGAGAGCCAGAAGCUCUAUUUCCAUUAGUUUCCAAGAGCUCUUUUGCGCUAAUCCAUACAGUGCAGAGCCAGUUCAUUGGCUGAAAGUGCCAACUGAUUGCUCUCAUCCUAUGUGCUAAGACCUGCAAUGCUGGGUUUAGCUCAUUACUGCAGCUCUGGCUAGAGAGGAGGCAGGGAGAUGCACCUGGUAGACUCCAAAAAAAAGUCAAACCGAACAUUGCAGUGUAGUGGUGAUGGUAAUUGGAAUGUAACAUUUUACAUUGAUGUUUUUUUCUAAAGAUGUCAUUGAUACAUUGAUGUGAAGCUUUUUGCUACCCACCUAUUGAUUGUGCAAUGUCUUGACAAUUUACGUUUUUGUUACUUUUUUACUUUAUUAAAAUCAUUACAAAUUCUUAUGCACUAAAAAAGAAUUAUAUGAUCUUAGAAUUACAAAUGUUGAGAAUUUAAAAAAAAAACACAACAAUUUCAUGAUAAAACACAGACCUCAGAAUUAAAAUAUAUACUAAAAGAAUGAUUGUAAUAUGAUUCUGUAACCAGUUUCUUGUUAACAUCAUAAUAAAAAUUGUUAACCACUUAAGGGUGGAGUUCUGAGCUGAGAAUUUGAGCUACAUGUCUGUUCAACCAUAGUUUACCUCUUUCAUAUUAACUGCACCCAUGCUUAUUAUAUAAGAUUCAGGAGAAAUAGGGCUUUUAAUUCACAUCAAAUAAUUAUAUAUUGAACACAACUUUUUUUUGUAAUUCUUUAUUUAUACUCAACUGGGGUGAGAAAACAUCAUACAGUACAAAUACUGAC